AUGGUGGAGCACAAAGUAAGAAGAAGCAUCAGCAAAAUGAGGGUUGUAGGUGGCAUGUUGAAGUUGAAGAGUGUGUUGGAAAAGCUUCAAAAGAAUCUCUUAUUGUGCAGGCAUAAAACGAGUUCCUCCUAUUAUGGAGAUUAUGAAGAUGUGAAAGAAGGGCAUUUUGUUGUGAUUGCUGAGCAUGGAGAGGGGCCAAAGAGAUUUGUGGUGCCAUUGAAGUUUUUGAACAACUCAAGAUUCUUGAGGCUCUUGGAGGAAGCAGCAGAAGAAUAUGGGUUUGAUCAACGUGGUGCACUAGCCAUUCCUUGCAGGCCUAGUGAACUUGAGAUGAUAUUGGCUCAGCAAUGGGACAAGGAAAUAAGAGAGAGAUUCUGA